GGGAGAUAUAAGGCAAUUUUUGUUUGUUGGGUUCUUGGGCUGGGUUCUCUUGUCGCUUGGAACAGCAUGCUGACCAUUGGAGAUUACUAUUAUGAACUUUUCCCGAAAUACCAUCCUUCUCGGGUGCUUACCCUCGUUUAUCAGCCGUUCGCCGUCGGGACAAUGGCGAUACUUGCCUGCAAUGAGGCGAAGAUCAAUACUCGAAGGAGGAAUAUUUGUGGAUAUGCUCUCUUCUUCAUUAGCACCUUCCUCCUCAUAGUUGUUGACCUGGCAACGCAUGGAAAUGGAGGAGUUGUGCCUUACAUAGGAAUAUGUGUUCUUGUUGCUUCCUUUGGGGUUGCAGAUGCACUUGUUCAAGGUGGAAUGGUUGGAGACCUU